CGAUGUUGGUAGAACUGCUACGAAAAGUGUAAUUAUUGGUAGCGCUGUUGUUAGUGUCUCUUCUUUUUAACGCGCUACUUAGUAGGUCUACAAAAUGGGACGUUACGCUCGUGAACCCGACACCGUAGCAAGAUCUUGCAAAGCCCGUGGCUCAAACUUGAGGGUCCACUUCAAGAACACUUGUGAAACCGCAAAUGCCAUCAGGCAUAUGCCAUUGAAAAGGGCAGUAGCUUAUUUGAAAAAUGUAAGCAACCAACAGGAAUGCGUGCCUUUCCGCGUUUUCAAUGGUGGCGUUGGACGUUGUGCACAAGCAAAACAAUUCAAAACCACGCAAGGACGUUGGCCUAAGAAGUCCGCAGAAUUCCUUCUUCAAUUAUUGAGGAACGCAGAAUCUAACGCGGAUUACGCAGGAUUAGAUGUCGACAGGCUCGUCGUACAACACAUUCAGGUUAACCGUGCCGCUUGCUUGAGGCGUCGUACAUACCGUGCUCACGGUAGAAUUAACCCAUACAUGUCCUCUCCAUGCCACAUCGAAAUGUGGCUUGCCGAACGCGACAAUUUGGGCAAGAAAAAAGGCAAAGGAUCAGCUGAGAAAGUGAAGAAGACCAAGACUGCUGUAUCCACUGCAUAAGUUUAUAACUUUCUCAAUAAAAUAUAAAUAAAACAGACAUCAAAA